AUGGCGAUGGACUUGGGCGACCACUCCAGUGGCUUUCGCUAUAGUGAAGUGAUUAGAUUUAUUAACAAUGAAAUCCUCAUGAAUGGAGGUGGGCCUGAAUUUUAUAUGGCUUUCCGCAUGCGGCCCUGGAAUGAGAUAGAAGACCAGCUUCGCGCCAUUUUGAUAGAUCCUCAGGUGCCACGCUCUCUCAAAAGGGCCUGUACCUGGAGUGCCCUGGCACUGAGUGUGCGCAUAGCAGCAAGGCAGCGUGAGCAGCAGGCUUAUAUGGUUGGGUUGCCACAAGAUGCAUUGGGCCAGCGCCCCUCGGCUCCCAGGGCCUCAGUCUCAGAGUUGUCGCAGCUCCGUCAACAGCGAGAGGAGGUGGUCAACCAAUUGAUUUCUACUCAAGCCGCCCUACACCAGGCUAUGAGAGAGUGUGAUCUGUUGCGCAGGAGGCUGCACCAUGUUGAAAGAUCAGUCCAGAUGGCUCCUCUGAUUCAUGAUAUAGUGCCCGGUAUUCAAACUCAACAGCUUGGGGCUUCAGUGGUACCCCUGAGUCCAGAUCAUGCAAGAGUUAUGGGAGCAGUGAGUGCAUACGACAGACAGUAUUUCGAGGCACAAAUGUCAGCUGCAACGAAUGUAUUUUACAUGCCAGGAAGCACAAGUCCCUGGCCCACGGCCAUGGAACCAACUGUGCCAGUCCCAGUGCCAUAUCAGCUCCCACCACAUCCACCAUUCCUAGUGGAGUCUCCAUUCUUGAUGCCCUUCUCACCUUCAGCAGUCAUGGAAACAGAAGUAGGUGUUGUAGUUCCAGUUCAGAUGCCUCCUGUGUAUCCUGGUCCUUUUACUGCACCGUGCUCCCAGGAACCAGCUAAUCUGUGGGACCAGAGAUGCUACACAGCUACUGAAGGUCCUCCGGCCCAGCGUGCUGUACCCGCAGAGAACACCAGAGACUCCAGCCAGGAGGGAAACUCAGAGAAGCGCCAGGAGACAGAUACCUUGGGAGACAUCAGAAGCCACACUCAAGGGCAAGAUCAACAAGGAGUCCAGGAUAUGGCUAGCCCAGUGGACGUCGAAAAUGAUAAUGAAGAAGAAAAUGAACAACCAGAAGCAACAUCAGCAGAACUACACCUUCCUGAGCAAGGUGAGCUCCAUAGCCAAAGUGAAGCUAGUCCCCAAGCAUCAGUUCCAGCUUCCUUGUCCUCCAGUAGCAGUCAAAUCAAGGAAGAAGAUAUGGAGGAGACCCCAUCAACCCCUGUGUGGAAGAGCUGGAGCCAAGCUGUGAGAGAAAGCCCAAAGAAACAGCAACCUCAGCUGCAGAAAAAGGACAAGAAGCCACAAAUGGAAGCAGCUUCUGAAUCCCAGUCCGGCUCACACUCUCGGGUGAAUUGGAUCUGCACACAGUGUAAGGCCACUAAUUUUCCAUGGCGCAAAAUCUGUUAUAAAUGCAAGAAAGUUUGGAUGCCAACUGAGUGUGGAGGACAAACUCACUGA